AUUCAGCCCAUCUUACAGCUACCACACCUACAGGAGCUGAACAUUAGAGCAAAUCUAUUUACCUCCUUUCAGACCAAAGAUCUGCUGCUGAACAUGUCCUCAGGCCUGAAGAAGUUAGACGUUUCUGAUAAUGCUAAGUUAGAAAAGUUCAGCAUCACAACACAGAUCUUUCCUCACCUUGAGAUGAUAGACCUUUCUGGAAGUGGUCGACCUGCUGGCUUGAAAUGGGACAUACCUGACAAGACUUUACUAAGGAACAUAACUCAGCUGGAUUUCAGCGGCACUUUGAUUCCUUUUGAAGAGAUCCAAAAAGUCCUGCAGAGUCUUGACUCACUGAUGCAUCUGAGGCUGAGUUAUAUGGAGACGUUUAUCCAGAAAGGUCUCUUAGCUACAGUGUGCAAAAUACUGACACUAAGGAGGCUGGAUCUGUUGUACAACAGUGUUCCCAAAUUAAGUUCAAAACUUGUAACUUGCUCUCAGCUUAAUGAGCUCGACUUGUCUAAUACUAACACGAGUGAACUUCCUAAAGGCUCGAUGAGAUUGAUGAAGAGUCUGAGGUCCCUAACUCUAUACGCCAACGGUCUCACCAAAGUGCCAGAUGACAUUAGGAGUCUCUCCUCCCUCGAGGUUCUACGUCUUAGUGCCAAUCGUAUCUCUGAGUUGACAUGUGAGGAUUUCAUAAACACAACGCGACUUACAGAGCUCUAUCUGGACAAAAACCGCAUUGCCAAACUGGACAGGUGUGUCUUUGAAAAUCUUAAUGAUCUGAAGGUUUUAGAUAUGAGUAACAACUUGGUGUGUACAUUUGGAGGUGCCUUUAAAACAGGACUGCAGAAGCUUGAGUUCUUGGAUUUGAACCAAAACUAUAUAGCUACUCUUGAAAAUGGGGAUUUUAAAGGUUUAGGUUCCCUAAAUUAUUUGGAUCUGGAAUUAUCAAAUACUGGAUUGGUGAAAGCUCAGCCUUUUCAAGGACUAAACAAUCUCAGAACUCUUACAGUGUCUCUACCACUUGGGUUUGAAAAUAAAUUCAGAGGUUUACAACAGUUGGAAAAUCUCACAGUCUACUUUGAUAUUGACGGCAGUUUUAAAAGUCCUCAUUCAAACUUCUAUAAAGCUUUGUUCCAUUUAAAAUCUUUGAAAGUUUUCACAAUGAUGUGCUUGGGUGAACACGCUGGCUUCCCCUUUGAUAUACCACAGACAGUUCUGGCGUCUAUGAGACAUUUAGAGGACCUUACAGCUGAGAAUUUAUAUAUUUCUGCUCCAGAUCCCGACACAUUUAGAAACAAUCCCCAGCUCAAGCGUCUGACACUCAGUCAGAAUGAUUUGUCUGAUUUGGGUCCUGAACUGUUUCAGCCAAUCCCAAACCUGCAGGCUCUCGAUCUCUCUUACAGUAAGCUCAAAUCUUUGGAUUUUCUGGCCCAGGCCGACCUGUCUGCACUCACAUUUUUAAAACUGAGUGACAAUGACAUUACAGUGAUCAACGAGACGGUCUUCCAGUCUCUCCCUGCACUCACAUAUCUGGACCUGGACAAUAAUCCUUUCACCUGUGACUGCUCUAACGCCGGCUUUAUCCAAUGGGUGAAGAACAACAACCAAACUCAGGUUGUUAACGCCCAUAUGUACACCUGUUCCUUUCCUGUGGUGGAGCAAGGAAACAAGUUGCUGGACUUUGACAUCCAGUCCUGUUGGAUGGACGUCGGCUUCCUCUGCUUCAUUUGCAGCACUUGUCUGACUUUGCUAACUGUUCUCGCUGCCUUCGUCUUCCACUUUCUGAGGUGGCAGCUAGCCUACGCAUACUACCUCUUCCUGGCCUUCCUCUAUGAUAGCAGGAAGAGGAAGAAGAGAGCUCCUCACCAAUACGACGCCUUCAUCUCCUACAACGUUCACGACGAGGCCUGGGUUUACAGAGAGAUGCUUCCAGUGCUGGAAGGAGAGCAGGGCUGGAGGCUCUGUCUGCACCACAGAGACUUCCAACCAGGGAAGCCCAUCAUGGACAACAUCACAGACGCCAUCUAUGGCAGCAGGAAGACCAUCUGUGUGAUCAGCCAGCGCUACCUGCAGAGCGAGUGGUGCUCCAGAGAGAUCCAGAUGGCCAGCUUCCGCCUGUUUGACGAGCACAAGGACGUUCUGAUCCUGCUGUUUCUGGAGGAGAUCCCGGCCCAGCAGCUGUCUCCGUACUACCGCAUGAGGAAGCUGGUGAAGGGACGCACCUACCUGAGCUGGCCGCAGGCCGGCCAACACAAAGGAGUCUUCUGGCAGAACGUCAGCAGAGCUCUGGAGACCGGGGACGCUCCCACAGAGACCGCAGACCUCCUGACUGGACCGGCAGGAUGCUGAGUAUAUUACCGGACCUGCGAGGUUCCUUACAGUUGCAAUGAAAAACAAGAAGAGAAAGAGAAAAUAUAAGAGAUUCAGAUUCUCCUGAAAAUGAGUUUCUUGAGCUGGGACCACAUAUUGAGUUGCUGAAUAAGCAGAGAGUCAUAACUCAGUCAAAUAUGAGUUUUAAUCAUAAAGUUGUAAUUCAAUUUUCCAAAAUGUCAACAAAAAUAGGAUUAAAGACAAAAAACAUUCCACUUCCUUCUUGCAUCCCAAAUAGAAAAGUUAGACUAUUAAAAACAAUCUGACAGACAGAAUCCAUGAAAAUAUUUAGCUCCUCUCAAAUGAAGUUAUUGUUCUAUUGGCCCAAAUAUAAGAGGCUAUUGUAAUGUAGUGUCACUAAGUGUUGCAUUAUGGGUUUUUUGUAGAGUAGUCUACCCGAGGAAAUCAGGUCGGCUGAAUAUUAAAAUAAAUGAACUCUUUGAAAUCGCUGGUUAAAAGAGACUUUUAUUUAAGAGCCUUCGCUGAUUUGACAUGAUUUUAUUUGAAGUAUAAUAAGUAUAUAUAUUCCUUAGUGUGUUUUGCUUUACCUGCCUUCAUCUUUUAACUGGUUGAAAUUGCCUGAAGUCAAUUAUUUAAUCACUUGUAUUUGAUUAUUUUAAAGCCCUUAUUAUAAGAUUCUUAUUAUUCUUUUUAUUCUUAUGAUUAUUUGGUGUUAGGUUAGUUUUUAGUAUUUCUGUCAGACAGUCAGUUCAGUUUAACCUUUCUGAGAACUCGUAUAACAACGUGAUGCGUGAAAAUGAGUCUAAAGCGUCUCCUUAGUGCAGAACCGGACCGUGGACUCAGGACAACAGUUACUGCUGUCAGAGGGGGAGGAGCUCAAACGGACAGGCUGAAAGAGGCUAACUGCCUUGACCACAGUAGGGCAUGCGAGUUCGUGAGUGGUUAUCUUCUGCUUUAAUGGCAUUACAUCAUGUUUUCACUUCACUUUUACCAGACUUAGAGGAAAGUCUUUUUUCUUGUUAGGACAUGGUCUUAUAUUCUGUGUAUAUACUGAUGGUGUGACCCCGGUGUAAUCGUCUGUACUUUUCCACAUCUCACUCAACUUCUGGAUGGUUUGAAUGUCUGGUUCUGCUUCACAUAUAUAUAUUUCUUUGUAAAGUUAUGAAUAAACUCUUUAUUUUUAUUAAUUGUAUCCACUCAAAUAGACAGUGGAAUUUGGUAUCUUUUAUUUUCUUGCUGAUUUAUCGUUGAUCGGAACAAACGUGAUUUUCUGAACCUUCCUGAUUCCAUCUGAUGUCUAAGCUUCUUUUCCAAAGUGCAAAGAUUUUAACUCUUUUUGAAACUACUGUACGUUCUUCCUGUAGUUAACGAAACAUAAAUAAUAUGUAAAUAAUAAAACAUAAACACAACUUAAAAUGUAUUGUCCUAAAGCUUUUAUUUUUCUAACCCUCAUGUCCCCUGCAGUUUCUGUAACUGUACUCUUUAAAUAAACUGUAUCAUACCAAC